UGCCACCGAACAAGAAUGUUAUGCCAUCAUAUCAGCCAUUGAAAAAUGGCAUAAAUAUCUUGAUGGACGUCCAUUUGUUAUUGAAACAGAUCAUAAACCAUUAUUACCAUUUAAUUUAAAACAACAACUGAAUUCAAAAUGCGAGCGAUGGCGUUUAAAAUUACAACAAUAUCAAUUCACCGUUCAUUAUAUUAAGGGCAAACACAAUACAGUAGCUGAUUAUUUAUCACGUUCGCCUGUCGAUGAUGCGAUGAACGACGAAGAUGAUUAUCUCCCAACUACGUCCCGAGGGACACAAACCGAAAAUUUUACACCACUACAGAUCGUAGCACCCGUUGUCACCCGAGCGCAAUCAAAACGACAUGAUAAGAGGGUUGAUCGUUAUGCGACGGAUCAGACCUGUGAUCCACUGCAACAGAAGACGAAUGAUCACACGUCCGUCGAUCACUCCUGUGUUGCACAAGACCGCCCGAGGACCACUAGAAACGCCACUGAUAAUUCAAUCGUUCCAUCCGCAAAAGGUGAUAUCAAAGCAUUGAACCCAAAUGAUCCGAAUCAAAUUACCCCAUUUACACGCGAACAAUUAAAAGCAUUACAACAUCAGGACGAACAGGCAGCACAGAUAAUCCGGAAUAUUUUAUCAACGGCAAUAUGUUGA